GAAAGAGACGACGAGCGUUUCUUCGUUGCCAUUGCAGAUAUUCGGAAAUCUGCCGAAGAUACUUUCCUCACCUGCGUCAUGAAUGCCCUCAACGUGAAGGUAGCGUUCGCCCUCGGGGUCCUUUAUGGCGCCGGCAGGUACCUGAUUGAGGAGCGGACGGAUCUCGCGUUCCCCGCCUGCGAGCACCCGACGAAAUGCUUCGACUAUGCGGAGGAGCUGGCCGCCAGCAUCGACCCCAGAGAGGAUCCGUGUGACAACCUGUACGACCACGUCUGCGGCAAAUGGGACAGGCUUCACCCGUAUUCAUCUACGGGAUCCUGGAACCAAGCCAAGCUGCUCCAAAUUCGCGCUCGGAAGUUCUUGCUGGGCCAGCUCGAGCAGUCGCCCCCUGAGCACCCCGUGGUGGCAGUGCGCAGGAGCCUUACCGCCUUCCAGAUCUGCAGCGAAGUUUACACGGAGAGAAGAAACGACACGAAGGUUCUGUUUGACGUAUUCGAGAAGUUCAACUUCCAGUGGCCUUCCUGGACACUUUCCAGCGAAUUCGACCUGAUGGAGUACCUACUGGGCAUGUCGCUCGAGUACAACCUCGCGACGCCCGUACUGCUUAGUUUCACGCCGGACGUAAAACGCGACAAGCGGUAUGGCCUGCUUUUUCAAAUCCCAUCGCAGAUCGAAAACUACACGAUUGACACAGACGUCAUAGCCGACUGCAUCUGGGACGUGGCGCCAGCUACGACAAACGAUUCGGCCUCGACAUUUGCCAAACGAAUCCACUCCAUUUUCUUGGACUUUCUGACUUCGAAAAACGCCCUGUCUCUCCCUGGACGGGAGGCGCUCGUCCGCACUACCAUCGAGCAGCUCGCAAACGAUACCACCGGGCACAGCAGCGAAGAAGCCUGGCUCAAGGCCAUCAACAAACGCCUACCCCAUGAUCAGGCUGUCGGCAAGAGCCAGCAUGUGCUGACGGUAAAAAACAGUGGCUUGCUUCUCAAGAUGAUCCUGGACAACACGAAGCGUUCCAACUACGCUGAUCUCGUCCUGUACGCAGGCUGGAACAUUGUCGUCGAUCUGCGUGCGGCACUGUCGCGUUCGCUGUCGCACUGUAUGUGGAAGUCGUCUUCUACGUACCGUCGGAGCUCCAAGCUUCUAUGCUUGGACUACAUAAAUCAGGUGGCGCCAUUCGCAAUCGGUCGGUUCUUCGUCGACAGCCUGCAGCUGCAACCCAAUGUCAAUUACACGAAGAACGCGUGGAACGCCGUGAAGAAGGCCACGCGAGAGAACUUCGCCAAUCUCUCGUGGAUGGACAACUCAACAGCCGAAGGCGCGGUCGAGCACGUCGACAGCCUGGUCACAAUCCUUCCUUUUCCGGAACACCUCCAAACCAACGAGGCCCUCGAUGCACACUACGGUUUCCUGCAUCCGAAUAUCUCGCAGCCGUUCAUUCAGUGGCUGCUCAAAACAAAGCAGCGACGCCAUGACGAGCAGAAGCGAUUUUUCAAGCAAUCCGCAGUGAGCGUUUACUAUGAUGACUUUCGUUACAGCGCGUAUGAGGUGAACGCGUUUUACGUGCCCAUAAUGCACGUCAUGGCCCUCAUGCCGGCGAUCGUGGCCCCGCCGUUCGCGCCACAGGCGGUGCCAGCGGCCGUUCACUACGGAGCCAUCGGCAAAAUUCUGGGGCACGAACUUACGCACGCCUUCGACCCGUUGCUCAGCAACCUCACUAGGAACGGCGUUGCCGCCAUGCCGUGGUCGAAGGAGUCCUUCGCCAGUUUCACCAGCCGCCUCGACUGCGUCAGGAAACAGCUACAAAAUUUCACUGACGAUGAGGUGCAUAGCAAGAACGUGUUCUCUGAAACAUUCGCCGACGCAGGGGGAACCGAGAAGGCCCGGCUAGCCUGCUCCUCCCUGCCGGCGCAAAAGGGCAUCCUGGGAUACACCCAGGAACAGUUGUUCUAUAUCGCCGGAUGUUUCGAGUUUUGCGCGGUGGGCGGUUACGAGUGGAGCAAGAAAUCGCUGUACCCGGCCGACGCGCUGCGGUGCAACAUACCAGCCCGCAACGAGAAGGAGUUUGCGGCCGCGUUCAGCUGCCCUAAAGGAUCGGCGAUGAACCCCGAGGAACGGUGCACAUUCCAUUGAUUGGAACAAACAGCAAUAAGCCUUGCGAUGUAUAGCCCAAUCCAAAGGAGAUUGGUGUAUAAGGGGAUAUCGUAAUAUUCUCACUCUAUGCUCUUUCCAAUCUGAUUAUUUUUGUUUUAUUCUCUAAGGCAAACAUUGCACGCACCGUUUUUACGGCACAUUUCACCACAACCAAUUACGUCUGCGUAGAAACCGACAAAAAAUGCUUAAUGUCCUAAGAUGUCAGUUACGUCCCGAAGCUUUUCUAUAUAUGCUGUAGCCAUGAAAAAGCUGUCGGACGUGUGGCUAUCGAAGAAAGGGUGAAAUAAAAUGUGAUA